GCUGAAGCACAAAUCGCCCGACUCGAGCCUCGAGCCAAUCGAGCCGUCGAGACGGUGAUAGGUCUCGGAACGCGCGACGCGUUCCGCCUCGGAUUAACCACACUUCUCGACAUAGUGCCGAAAUAACGAAUUAGCGAAAACUACAUCUGCGCUUUCAAGGGUUCAUUACAACCAGAUAUUAAUCCUGGACAUGGAUCCAGAAAACCCAGGUAAAGAAGUGAUCAUACGUGCAACGGGUUGGCUGCGUGGUCUCUGGGCAAUGAGACGCCGGGCUGGUCCGAUUCAACGAUGGGUCGAUUCCAUCCCGACACCUGUGGAAUCGAACGUUAGCGUAUCAACCGCAACAAAAGAUGAUGAAUAUAACGAUAACGUAUUGCUACCAACAUUUCAAAACUCGUCGGAAGAACUACUCGUCGAUGGGGAUCGAGAUAAAAAUUUAGAUACAUCCGUAUCGACGCCUAUUCCCAUUUCUCCAGCAGCAACUAGUACACCUGGAUUACCUAGUUCUGCACCUCGAAGCAUUUUAACUCGUGAUCCAAGCUUGCGGUCCGACAGCAGUCGGUGCAGCAGCGUGGAGAGUUUACUAGAGUUAAGAAGAGCAGACCCCGAAGCGAUUUUGCUCGGUCUUGGGUUCGGAGGAUGUCCCACGGGUACCCGAGAGAACGGACCACUGUCUCGAAUCCCUAAAAGGUUCCUACAGCCAUCUAAAUUAAAAGGUAUUGCCAUCAAUGACUUCGCAAAGCAUCAGCAAGAGACCAGCGAGUCGUUGGAUUCGACUUCGUUGGGGUAUCGAGGUUUGACAGGGUCCCCUUACGUAGCGCCGUCAGAGAUCGUCCAGAAAAUCAUGGAUCGUCUCCGAGAGCACGAGAGUCACGAAUUGGACGCAUACACGGCUUACAACAGUAGCACGGAGCAGUUCAGCCCACCCCAGGACGGCAAACUCUCCGUAUUGUCACCGGACAACAGACAAUACCUCGAUCGACCGCGAUCGAAGAGCCCCGACAUGCGGAACAAACGCAUGAUCAUAGGUCAGAGGUCCUUCGCAUUCGGUUGCGACGGGGAUUUGAUAGAGAUCGGUUCCUCGGAGCGAGAGAUGAAUAAGGAUACUGACAUUUACCGAAACGACAGCCCUGGGACGAUGGAGAACUCGAACGUGGGCUCGAGUUGCGGGGCGAGCGAAGGGAGUUUGACCCCGGGGAAGAAUCGCGUGGACAAGAGGUUAAUUAAGCAGUUAUCUUUCGACGAUACCGCGGCCACUUUAGAAAAUCAAAAGGAAGACGACACGUCAGUCAGCGACGUCGCUAGCCGGGCGAGCAAUCGAACGUGGGUUACGUCGUCGAGGACGGAAUCUGAGGAUGUCGAGGGAAAUGUUCCACGCGACAGGAUUAACGGCCACGAGAAGUCUUCCCUUGCGAGGAGGGCGAGUUUGGAUCCCAGGGUAGUAGUUACCGCUGCAUUUGAAAAGCCACCUCGAGAGGAGCGAAGAUUCAGCCAAGAUUCGGUCCACGUUGCGUGGAAAGACUUCGACAGAAGCGCACCGAACGGCAGAAGAAAGAGUUUAAAGCGACAAUCAAGAAUCAGCAACGACGAGGCGUCGUCCUGUAUCUUGGACGACGUUCGGCCCACCGUGGCCGAGGAGUUAGAGAACAGGGAGCAAUUAAAUCGGGACCCAGAACUUCCAAUUAGUCCGGGACCAAAUAUCAACGCAAACGCGGGUGAAUCCUCGCGAGAAUCUCAGAUUUUAGAUGAAAAUAAGAACGACACCGAAAGGACGGACUCUUGUCCAAGCGAGGAGCACGAAGACAGUCGUAGGGAUAGCCAUUACCGCCCUAGCGAUAAGGAUCCUUGUAGAGGUCCGGAUGAAUCGGAAAAGACCAAGAAAUUGGAAAAUGUGAUUCCUAAGCGCAAGCAAGAAAAAACCACGACUCGCGGAAUUUUAAGCAACGUUCGGUCGGUCAAAAUGGAGCCGGGUUUCUGAUGGCGGAGGAUGAAGGCGUGCCCGAGUUGCUUGUUCUAAUAAAAUCACAUCGACUUGAACUCUGACGCAAAACGGAUGAGAUUGCAGAGGCAAGGAGCAUGCACCUUUCGGUUGGAGUUGCAUUUUCAAAAUGAACGUUCCGCGUCUAAUUAAGGUAUACGAUAUGUUCAAGUAGGGUAGUCCAUGAAUCCAUGGGUUUGCGAUUACCCCUUACGAAUCGACAAUCUACGAGCUGAGAUUACACUUAAUGGAUUUGAUAUUAAGUCCGGUAUUAUAUUUUACGGUGAGGAAGAUCUCCCCCCAAAGAGAUACCGCACAAACGUCGCAAGAAAUUCUUCCCUUCUAUGUAAGAAUUCUCGGCAUGGAUUUGUAAUUUUACCGAAAAUCACGCACCCCGGGUUUUAGUGAUCCUCUUCCAUGCUCAAGUACAAUAGGCCUAGGUACUGACACAACUACGAAUGACCAAACCCCUUAAGUCGACUAGUUUUCAACUAAGUGAGAGAUAUGUAUUUAUGUAUACACUUUGUUACGUUUUCAUAUAUUUAAAGAAAAAAAAAAAAGACGAGCGUUACCGUUAGGACCAAUUAGUUUAACCCCGUUGAAGUAUUUAAUUGCUAGGCGACGUGGUCUGGAAUUUUCGCAGACAAAGCGAUCGCGUGAUAUAUCUUGGCAAUCGAAGGGUAAAUUAUUAUAAGACUGUAGUCAAUAGUCGUAGGGACCGAGUUUGACUCUUGUAUUUUUCCUCUUUCUUUUAUAUAGAUAUAUAUUUUCUCCUUCGUAAAUCUGCAACUAUGGUUUGUGAUACACUAUUCGUGC